AUGAAUCGUGCCAUUCUGUCGCUGUGCCGUCAAGCUCCUGUGCUACGACGUGCACUGCACAAAGGAGUUGACUCAACACCUCCGAUGCGUUGGACCUCAGUUCCCGAAAGGGUUGGUUCUUCAAUUAUGCUUUCUCAUUUUUCAUGCGGUCUUUUCGUUUCUUUUUUACAUUUAUUUAUUGCUGGCUCCCAAAUUGUGGCUUAG